AUGUUUAUCUGGAAUUCUGGAGUCCAUAACAAAAUAAAUCAUAAAACAGAUGACACUGAUGAAGUUAUUAAUGAAAAUAAGAAGGAAAAUAAUUUAGGAAAAGAAUGGAUCAGGGACUUUAAAAGUUCUAUUAUUAUGAAAUUAUUUAUUAUUGCAAUGGCGGUUUUAUUGUUUCUUUUUGUUAUGAGCGUCAUUGCAGCUAUUUGGUUUUCACCUAAACAUAAUAGAAAUACAAAACACAAAAACAAAAGAGUAUUACACUUUGAUGAGAAAUUAGGGUUUUUAGAUGAAGAAGAAAAAAAAUUUAAAGAUGAGAAUCCAUUUAACUUAGCAGAGUUUGUGUAUCAAGAUGGAAGUCCUCCAAUUUUGAAAAGACAAAUUGAAAUUGCUGAUCUAAGUCGUCCAAAUCCUGUGUCACGAUGGAUGUUUGAAGACAUUAAUGAAUUAUUUUUAAGAAAGAUUAAAUUGUUAAUGACAGUUCAGCCAUAUGAAAAUGGAAGUUAUCCAGAAGAUGAUGUUCAACAGAGGUUGAUGAAAAAAUUAUUUGAAAAGACAACAUUUCACUUUGAUACUGAAAACCCUGUCCAUGGUUUUAUUCCAAUGAAAGAAGAAAUAAAAAUGUUACCAAAUAGUAAAGGACAUAUAUUACCAGAAUACUGUCAAGGUAGAGUUGAUGUUGUUUGGCUAUAUGUUAAUGGAAGUGAACCACAUUGGCAAGAAACAAUACAAAGAUAUAAAACAGAUUUUGAUCCACAAAGAUUUAGGGAUUAUGAUGCUUUAAAGUUUUCAAUAAGAAGUGUUUAUUUGAAUGCACCGUUUAUUCAUAAUUUCUUUCUUGUUGUUUCAGAUUCUUAUCAAAUCCCAACAUUCCUUAAUAGAAGUAAAAUCCAUACCAUUGAUGAAUUUGAUAAAUUUGACAAA